UACCAUUAUUUUCUGCUUUAUAUUCCCAUUGGUCAGCUGAUUCUGAGCUCUGAUUGGUUCUUUUUUUACACAAGUUGAAAACUCUCUGUCCCGAUAAUUUGCUACCUGCAUCUACAAUGCCGGAGCGUGUUCUCACUCGCGUCCACAGCCUCCGUGAGCGCUUGGACGCCACCCUCGCUGCUCAUCGCAAUGAGAUUCUCUUGUUCCUAUCAAGAAUUGAAUCCCAUGGAAAAGGAAUACUGAAACCUCACCAGCUUGUGCCUGAAUUCGAAGCAAUAUUCGAAUCCGACAAAAAGCCGAAACUGCAGGAUCAUGCCUUCAAACAACUCCUCAAAACCACACAGGAAGCAAUUGUGUUGCCACCGUGGGUUGCACUCGCUAUUCGCCUAAGGCCCGGUGUUUGGGAAUACGUUCGAGUCAAUGUGAACACAUUAGUGUUCGAGGAUCUUACGGUCCAACAAUAUCUCCAAUUCAAGGAAGAGCUCGUAAACGGAUCAGGUAAUGAAAAAUUUGUACUCGAGCUCGAUUUCGAACCAUUCACCGCCUCAUUCCCCAAACCGACCCUCACGAAAUCGAUCGGGAACGGAGUCGAGUUCCUCAACAGGCAUCUCUCGGCCAAAUUGUUCCACGACAACGAGAGCAUGGCCGCACUCCUCGAUUUCCUUCGCAUGCAUCACUACAACGGCAAGACGAUGAUGCUCAACGACAGAAUCGAGAACCUUAAUUCUCUGCAAGGUGUUCUGAGGAAGGCAGAGGAGUACCUCUCGACUCUUCCACCCGAGACAUUAUAUUCCGAUUUCGAGCAAAAAUUUCAAGAAAUCGGAUUAGAGCGAGGAUGGGGCGACACUGCAAGCAGAGUAUCGGAAAUGAUUUCGAUGCUUUUGGACAUACUCGAGGCCCCCGAUUCUAGUACACUCGAGAAAUUCCUCGGAAAAAUUCCUAUGGUUUUCAAUGUUGUUAUUCUCUCUCCACAUGGUUACUUUGCUCAAGAAAAUGUCUUAGGUUAUCCUGAUACUGGUGGCCAGGUUGUGUACAUUUUGGAUCAAGUUCCGGCAUUAGAGCGCGAGAUGCUGAAACGGAUCAAGGAGCAAGGACUCGACAUCACGCCACGAAUUAUCAUUGUGACUCGAUUGCUCCCGGAUGCAGUGGGGACCACUUGCAGCCAACGUCUCGAGAAAGUGUUUGGAGCCGAACACUCGCAUAUUCUUCGAGUUCCGUUUCGAACGGAGAAGGGAAUUCUCCGAAAAUGGAUUUCUCGUUUUGAGGUUUGGCCUUACAUGGAAACUUUCACUGAGGAUGUUGCGAAAGAAAUAACUGCAGAAUUGCAGGGCAAGCCAGAUUUGAUAAUUGGAAACUAUAGUGAGGGUAAUUUGGCAGCCUCUUUGCUGUCACACAAAUUAGGAGUUACACAAUGUACGAUUGCUCAUGCAUUGGAGAAAACGAAAUACCCCGAUUCUGAUAUCUACGUGAAGAAUUUCGACGACAAGUACCACUUCUCGUGCCAGUUCACCGCCGAUCUGUUCGCAAUGAACCACACCGACUUCAUCAUCACUAGCACCUUCCAAGAAAUUGCCGGAAGCAAGGACACCGUCGGACAAUACGAGAGCCAUAUGGCGUUCACAAUGCCGGGAUUGUACCGUGUCGUGCACGGAAUCGACGUUUUCGACCCUAAAUUCAACAUCGUCUCCCCGGGAGCUGAUAUGAAUGUUUACUUCCCGUACACGGACGAAGAAAAGAGGCUCACAUCUUUCCACCCUGAAAUCGAGGAGCUUCUUUACAGCAACGUCGAAAACGACGAACAUCUAUGUGUGCUGAAAGACAAGAAAAAGCCGAUCAUAUUCACCAUGGCGAGAUUGGACCGCGUGAAGAAUUUAACCGGACUGGUGGAAUUGUACGCCAAGAGCCCUAAACUGAGGGAACUGGUCAAUUUAGUGGUGGUCGGCGGCGAUAGGAGAAAGGAAUCGAAAGAUCUAGAAGAACAAGCCGAGAUGAAAAAAAUGUACAGCCUUAUCGAGACGUACGAAUUGAACGGCCAGUUCCGAUGGAUAUCUUCUCAGAUGAACCGCGUGAGAAACGGCGAGCUGUACCGUUAUAUAGCCGACACGCGGGGGGCUUUCGUGCAGCCGGCGUUCUACGAGGCGUUCGGACUGACGGUGGUCGAGGCGAUGACGUGUGGACUGCCGACUUUCGCCACCCUCCACGGUGGCCCCGCCGAGAUCAUUGUUGACGGAAUAUCUGGUUUUCACAUUGAUCCGUACAACGGCGAGAGUGUGGCCGAGAUUCUUAUUGGUUUCUUCGAGAAGUGUACGAAGGAUCCUUCUCAUUGGGAAGCUAUUUCAACGGGUGGCCUUAAACGUAUACGUGAGAAGUACACAUGGCAGAUAUAUUCGGAGAGGCUGUUGAAUUUGGCGGGAGUUUACGGGUUCUGGAAAUACGUGUCAAAGCUCGAUCGUCUCGAGAUCAAACGGUACCUCGAAAUGUUGUACGCGCUCAAACUUCGUAAAUUGGCUGAAGCUGUUCCAUUGGCUGUUGAGUGAGAGUAGCAAUGAAGUUUGUUGAUUGCUGGAGUUAUUAUUAUUAUUAUUAUUAUUAAAUAAGAGGAACAAUUGAUAUUGUUGUGAAUGUUAUUUACUUAUUUGUUGGGAUAAUACUUUUUUAAUAUUUUAUUUAAUCCCAUUUUUUGUUUUACAUUAUGGGAUUUGUGAUUUGUGAGAGUAAUAAAUAAAAGAUCAAAUUGUUCUUCUA